AUUUGUCGCAGCCCUCUGUAAAUUGAAGCGAGUUCCAUUCUUACUCGCCAAAAUGGCUGACGCGUCGGCGGCGGUGCGCGCGGUGAGCGUGGUGUGCGUGAAAAAAAUACCUGAUAAUUUGUACGAGGUGUGUUUGACAAAUUUAGUGAACUACUUGCAGAAAUGCAAGUGUGAAAGGAAUGAUUUGCGGUCGUUGCCGGAUAGCAUCCUUAUGGAUGUUUAUUACAAGAUGCUCCAGAAGAAGCGACUGUGCAUCCUGGGCGCUGAACUUUCAGAGCUGGAUAUAUUCGAAAGGCUGUUGCGGUUCUCCGGCGCCCAGUUGAGGUUGCUUCAGUGUUUUCAGGCGGUGAUAGAGCACGGAUCUAAACUGUCAGUGGAGCUCGCCAGCGGUUACUUAGCGAGGUGCGACGCUAACACAAAAUCAAGAAAUUCUCUCAUACAGUUAGGACUUAAGCUUGGUGGAUUUCUCAACGAGGCCGGUUGGUACGCGGACGCUCAACGCGUGCUGCUGCGGUGCAGGGACCUGUGCCAGGCGCAACCGCAGACCACGCACUACAAGCGGCUCACGCUCGAGUGCUGUCAUAGAUUGCUCAAUACACAGUCCGCUUACUGCUGUUUCCCGGCGGCUGCGGAGACAUACGCGUUGGCGUUGAAACUGUUAGGACUCCCUGACGACGCCACCGCUAAACUUCCAGAGGGAGCCAUCGCGAUUGCCGAGACGUGUUCAAAGGCCUUGCAGACAGACGAAGAGGAACAGAAAAGGUCGGAGUCGUGCGGGGAGGAGUGCGGCGGCGGCGGCUGCGGCGCGUGGGGGAUGAGCGCGCUGCUCGCGCGCCUGUGCAAGGAGUUCAGCGCGCUGUUCUUCGUGCGCUGCGACUACAGCGCCGCGCACGCCUGGAGCAUGCGCGCGCUCGCGCUGCUCGCGCCGCACACGCCCGCCAAGAUAACGAUCGAGGUGCUCCGCGCGUGUGGCAAAGCGUGUGUGGUGAAGCGGCGCUUCUCGGAGGCGGGGCUACUGGUGCGGCAGGGCGUGGCGCUGGCGCGCGCCGCCUUCGGCCCCGCCCACCCGCGCUACGCCGCCGCGCUGCUCGACUACGGAUUCUACUUGCUCAACAUCGACUCCAUCACGCACAGCGUUGCCGUUUACGAGGAGGCGCUGAGCACGUUGCGGCGCGUGUUCGGGCGCAGCAGCCUGCACGUGGCCACGGCGCAGGAGGACCUCGCGUACGCGCUCUACGUGCUCGAGUACUCGUCCGGGCGCUUCUACAAGGCGCGCGACCACGCCGAGCGCGCCAUCCGCAUCAUAGAGAAUCUCGUACCUCCCGACCACCUCCUCCUAGCGUCCGCGAAACGCGUGAAGGCACUUAUACUAGAAGAGAUCGCGCUGGACACGCCCGCGGGACAAGAUAUGAGAGAACCAAGUUUAUUAGAAGAAUCCGAAUCGUUGCACAAAGCCGCGUUAGAGCUGAGUAUGAUGGCGUUUGGGGAAAAAAAUGUACAGACAGCCAAGCACUACGGAAACCUGGGCAGACUCUACCAGAGCAUGCAGAAGUUUCAGGACGCGGAGACGAUGCACCUGAAGGCGAUCGCUAUCAAGGAGGAGCUACUGGGCGCCGAGGACUACGAGGUGGGCCUCAGCGUGGGCCACCUCGCCUCGCUCUACAACUACCACAUGAACAUGCACCGCGCCGCCGAGCAGCUCUACCUGCGCUCCAUCUCCAUCAGUCUGAAGCUGUUCGGCGAGCGCUACUCGGGGCUGGAGUACGACUACCGCGGGCUGGUGCACGUGUUCACGCAGCUCAAGCGGCACGACCGCGCGCACCACUACAACGCGCUGCUGCAGCACUGGCACGAUCUCAGAGAGCAAUCAAAGGCUGAGCAACAGCCGGCGCUCGGUGACGAGCAGGUGUUGCCGCUGGAGCAGUUGCAGGCCAAGUUCUUCGGUAACGACUGA